AUGGCGGCACCAAAGUCCGCAUUAUGGCGCCAAGUCGGUGUGCUCUCGACUAAAAACUUCAUCAUACUUCUCGCCCGCCACCCCGUCUCAACUAUCUACACCGCAAUACUUUUACCAAUCAUACUCACAGUGUACCUCGGCAUUGGCAAGAAUCUCAACAGCCCAUCGAACGAGUUUGGAAUUGCAGAUCCUCGACCUAUAAGAUCACUAGCGGAAGGCCUGGCCGCUUCUGAUGGCUCUCGUAAUACUGUCGUUCUCGUCAAUAGCGGACUAUCAGGCGGUGAUGUAGACCGCGUAAUAGAGGCAAUCUCUGCUCAAGUUUCUGCAGCUGGAAAAAUUACAACAACGAUCACAAACCCUUCCGAUCUUGGCUCCAUUUGCCGCUCAUCUUUCCGUGCGACUACUACCUGCUACGGUGCCGUCGUUUUCCAUUCUUCCCCCACUGAGGGUGAUGGAGGCCUUUGGAAUUACACGUUGCGAGGGGAUGGAGUCUUUGGGUCAUCAUUCAAGGUCAACAACGACGACAGUGAUGUUCAAGUGUAUACGCUCCCUCUUCAACAUGCCGUCGACUCUGCCAUUGCCAGUCUGAACUCGACAAAUGGUAGUUCAGCGUCUCUCAAGAAUGUCCAGGAAUGGGCCAGCGUCCGGAGGAAAUACCAAAAGACCUUCAUCGAUUAUCUGGCAGUCUCCUUUAUCCUAGCGCUGAUUGGCGUUAGCUACCAUCUGCCCGGUCACGUCGCAACUGAGAGAGAGAAGGGGCUCUCUCAACUCAUUGACUCAAUGAUGUCCACUCGCUAUGACUGGGAGCCCCAGGUCAUCCGCAUGUUGUCAAAUUUCUACUCUUUCGCCACAAUCUACUUCCCAGGCUGGGUCGUCGCAUCGGUCAUAGCGAGGAGCAUGAUAUGGAGAGAGACUAGCAUCGGUGUUGUUUUAGUCUUCUUCAUCUUGGGUGGCCUGGCUCUUACUUCAAAGCCAUCCUCGGCGCGACUUUCUUCAAAAGGCUCAGCUUUCCGGUGUCAUCAACUCUCUGGUCUAUGUCCUCCUGGGUGGCGAGGACAACCGAUGAAUCUUCUCAAGACGCCACCAGGAAGCAAUUCUACCCUUCCAGGCAUUGCAAUCUGGAUCUUCCUGAUCCUGCAGUUCCUUUUCUACACACUGCUUGCCGCCUACGUCGAACGUCAAAUUCAUGGAGUCGGCUCCGAGCGUCGUAAAAUCUACAAGGGUGACGGUGUCCGGCCACAAGAAGCUAUAGUCAUUGACGGCUUGACCAAACUUUAUCGCCCGAGCUUUCUUCGACGGCUGUUCUCCUCCAUGUCUAAGCCUCGCGCUCCUACAGUGGCCAUUGAUCGUCUGAAUCUGACGACAAAGAGGGGCCAGAUCCUAGCACUUCUCGGUGCCAAUGGAAGUGGCAAGAGCACGACCCUCGAUGCCAUCGCUGGGAUUAGCCGGUUCAACCAUGGCGGUGUCUCCAUAGAUGCCUCCGGUGGAAUUGGUAUCGCGCCACAAAAGAACGUUCUUUGGGAUGAGCUCACCGUUGCCGAACACAUCACGAUCUUUAAUCAGCUCAAGUCUCCGUGGAGCCUUGCGAGUAAGGAGGACUCCAAGCAGUUGAUCGACUCGAUUGGCCUAUCCACAAAGCGAAAAUCCCAAUCACGACAUCUAUCUGGCGGACAAAAGCGCAAACUUCAGCUUGGCAUGAUGUUGACUGGUGGAAGUGCCGUCUGUUGCGUUGAUGAAGUGUCUUCUGGCAUUGACGCGCUCUCAAGGCGGAAGAUCUGGGACAUCCUUCUUUCGGAACGUGGCAAGAGGACUAUCAUUCUGACGACGCAUUUCCUCGACGAAGCCGACUUACUUGCCGAUAACAUUGCGAUACUAUCCAAGGGCAGCCUGAAGGCUGAAGGCUCGUCUGUAGCCCUGAAGAACGCUCGGAGACGGCUACCAGCUCCUCCAGAAGUACACGGCGCGACAUUAGCUGUGUCAUCAAAUACCAUCAUCUACACUGCCUCAUCGAGCAUCGCCGCCGAUGUAAUCCGUCACCUUGAGACUCAAAGCAUUUCCUACCGCAUCUCCAGUCCGAAUAUUGAAGAUGUGUUCCUCAAUGUGGCCGAUGAGGUGCAAGGGGAGGAUCUUCAGCCCCUUAAUCAGGGGAGAGCCCAUGGGUCAGUCGACUCUGGCAAAGGUCUCACAGAAAAGUCUAUUGUUAAUGGUGGACAAGACUCGUUGGGGAUUCAAUCUGGCCGUCAGACGGGAAUUUUUGAGCAAAUCCCUACCCUGAUUCGCAAACGCUUCACAUUAUUCAAGACCAACUGGGUUCCAUACGCCAUCGUAUUUGUUGUUCCGAUCGUUGCAGCAGCAAUUAUGCAGCUCCUUAUCGCCGACGAGAGCCCUGCUAGCUGCGAUGUGGCAGACUUUAGUCAAGCUUCUGCAGAAGGCUUCGAUGACUACAGGAAGGCUUUUGACCGAGCUCUUAUCGCUGCUGGUCCUUCUUCCUCUUUCUCUAGCUCAUCAUUUGGCGACCUUUUUGGCUUCUUGCUUCCGGGACCCAAUAGCUCCACGAAUACCGAACUUGCGCAAAGUGCCACCUACGCCGACCUUACGCGAUACAUGGAAGACAAUCGCAAGAAUGUCACUCCAGGUGGUUUCUGGGUCGGCAGCCCAGACACGCCCUCAACAGUUGCCUACCGAGCAGAUAAUGAGGGAACAGGGGCAGUCCUCGCAGCGGUCAUUAUGCAGAACCUGCUCAGUAUCGUCAAAACAAAUAUCAGCAUUGCGACCACAUACACCCCAUUUGACAGCGUCAUCCCCUCCUCGACGUCAUCCACAGUUCAGUUGGCCAUCUUUUUCAGCAUCGUCUGCUCAAUCAUUCCAUCGUUCUUUGACUGUAUCCCAACGCUGAGAGACACAGCCAUGCUCGUGGCUUGCAGUACUCCAGCGGAGUGCGGUCGCUAUCUACAUGGACGUCUCACCUCGUCUUCGACUUCGGAGUCUUCUUUCUACCUCUCCUGGUUGCAGCUAUCAUAUUCGUCGUCUCUUCGGGCAUCUGGUACGCCCGGGCUACCUGUUCUGUUCUUGUUGUACGGCAUCACCUCGAUUCUGCUGUCUUAUGUCAUUUCGGUCUUCACCAAUAGAGUUGCGACUUUUGCUGCAAUAAUGGCCUACAACAGUGUCGGUUUUGCGAUAUAUUUGAUCGCCUUUCUCUACAUCGGCAUUACACUAUCUCGGCCUUCUUUCCUUCCCGUCACAUCCGUCUUCCGAGCCCUUCUCAUUGGUCUCAAUACCUUCUCGUUGGCAUGUUCCGCUACCGGUCUUGGAUAUCCAGGCGCAAUCAAGGCGUAUGGAGGUCCAAUCCUCUACCUCGUCCUGCAGGCGAUACUGCUAUUUGGCAUUCUUCUCUACCACGACACUGGGAACAAACUACCUGCGAUCUUCAAGCGCAGCAGGAACUCCAACGCCGGAGUUGAACAAGCACACGAAGACCCAGAGAUUGCCAGCGAGCUAUUACGGGUCGAGUCGACUACGAACAGCGACGGCCUUCAGGUCAAACAUCUGACGAAGAAGUUCGGUAGCUUCACAGCUGUUGACAAUGUCUCAUUCGGUGUUCGCCAUGGAGAAGUCUUCGCGCUUCUCGGUCCCAACGGUGCCGGAAAAUCGACAACCAUCUCACUCAUCCGGGGUGAUAUCCAACCUAGCCGUAAUGGCGGCGAUGUUUUCGUCGAGCAAGUCUCCGUCAUCAACCAGAGAGCACGAGCCAGGACAAAUCUCGGAGUGUGUCCACAAUUUGACGCAGUCGAGUCCAUGAGUGUUCUUGAACAUCUCCGCCAUUACGCCAGGCUGCGUGGAGUUGGCGAUGUUGAGAAGCAAGUUGAAGCCGUUGUGCAUGCCGUCGGCCUCGAUGCCCAUGCCAACGUCAUGGCGCAACACUUAUCGGGGGGCAACAAGCGUAAACUCUCCCUCGGCAUCGCCCUCACAGGGAACCCGUCGGUGAUACUGCUUGACGAACCAUCUUCAGGCCUCGAUGCCGCUGCAAAGCGCAUCAUGUGGCGAACACUAAGCACAAUUGUGCCAGGUCGCUCUAUACUUUUGACAACCCACAGCAUGGAAGAGGCUGAUGCACUUGCUGAUCGAGCUGGCAUUAUCGCACAACGCAUGUUAGCCAUUGGCGAAGUUGACCAGCUUCAAAGUCGCUUUGGAGACUCAUUAUAUGUUCAUCUGGUCAGUCGCACUGCUCCAUACUCGAAAUCGGAAGAGAUGGAUCGCAUGCGAGACUGGGUUCUACAGCAAUUUCCCUCAGCCCAAGUGGAGUCUCAAACAUUUCACGGCCAGUUGCGGUUCUCAGUCGCGGCAUCAGAUAAGAGAGAUGCAGGGUGGGAGAACGGCCAGUUGAGUGCAAUUGGUCAGCUUAUCGUGAUGUUAGAGGAGAACAAGGAUAUCUUGGGCAUCGAGCAUCAUAGUGUCAGUCCUACGACGCUCAACGACGUCUUCCUUUCCAUCGUUGGGCAGCAUGAUGUGCAAGAGGAGGGUUACGGAACAACUGCUACAUCUACUGAGAAUGGAAAGAAGAUCAACUGGCGAAAGAUCUUACUCGGAUUCUAG